CCAGAGUUUGAUCCAAAAUGGCGUCCGCGCAGUUAACGGACGAGGAGCUUUUCUCUGAGCUGAAGCGCCUCGGCUUCAUCCCGGGCCCGGUCACCGAGAACACGCGGCCCGUCUACCUGAAGAAACUCAAGAAGCUCCGGGAGGAAAACCUGGAGCAGCAGCGGGGCGGUUCGCGGCAGAGUAAGGCGCAGAGCAAGACCCGGAGCGCGGCUCUAAACAACAACAGUAGCAGCCCGAGCGGCGCCAGCAGCAGGCCAGCGGGCUCUCGGCCAGCCAGACCCGGCCGGAAGUCCGCUGUGCUCGGCUUCAGCUCGGACGAAUCGGACGCCGAAGCUCCGCAGAAAAGGAAAGGCCUAAAUCACGGCGCGAAGGCGAAUAAAGCUCCAGGUUUAUCCCCGUCUCCUAACGCCAGACUCAGCCCGCAGAUAAGUUCUAACACUAGUUUAAGCGACACUGGAAACGUGCGGAAAAGCGGCGGCGGUAAUCCCACUUUUCCCAGCCCGCGGAGCGUGUCUCUGAACUGGGGGAGCCGCGCCAAAAGCAGCGCUGCCGAGGCGGACGGAGUGAACGACGAGUCCGGGGAAGAGGAGGACUGCGACGCGGGCCAGGGGGAGCUCAAAUCCCGCUCUUUAAACGGGAGCAGGACCUCGCAUUUGGGCGCUCUCAAAACCAGACCGACCGGGGACUACUCCGACUCCGACGAGGAAGAGGGGGUUGGGGGUAACGGCAAACCGGGCCUCCCGAAGGAGCAGCCCCGCAGAGCGCUCCACCGAGGCCCGUACGCGUACAAAGAGCUCGGCCCCGGCGGCACGGACAUGGUUUCCCCGCGGAGGGACGAGCUCGAACUUGGGCCUAAAAGACGGGACCCGAUAGGCGCCAACAAACCGGGCCACAACUUCACGAGAAACUACUCCGAAAACCACGGGGGCGAGGCGGACACGAACAACCACGUCUCCGGGAGAGAGGCGAAGGACGGCGGGGUUUAUUCCUACACUAACUCCGGGCUCAGGUCUCGGUUCUCGGCCUACAGCAGCGUGUCUCCACAGAUUUACAGGGGGACGUACUCGAACCACAGCCGAGGCCCGACCCCGAGGAGACCGGGCCCGGACGACGAGCUCCUGCAGCAGUUCAAGCGCGAGGGAGAGACGGCCUCCUCUGCCAGGUUCAGCGCUCACUACCUGUCCAUGUGUCUGCUCACCGCCGCCUGCCUCUUCUUCCUCACGCUCGGCUUCAUGUACCUGCGCAUGAGGGGCGCCUCGGAGGACGUCGCCGUUUGGAGACAUCCCUUUGGCUCGGAGUUUGACGAGGCUUAUAAUGAGACGGAGAAAGCCCUCGUUUUGAAUCUGUUCGUGAAACUUCAUGAAUACUUGGCCGUAGUCGCAGGAGACUACGACUGUGGAAACCAGCAGAAUCGAAGCAGGAGCGUGCCCAUAGAAGAGGUCGAAGAAUAUUUACAGACGCAGAAUGAGAAGUUCCGCAGUUUCCUCCUGGUUUCUCUGGAGUGGGUCGUGAGGACGGGGCAGGACGUGGGCAUAAGGCUUUUGGGGGCGGAGUCGAGCGAGCCUCUGUCCGACGUGUCUGAGAUCGUCCGACUGGAGUCCACACAUCCCAGAAUGCCGUUCACCUGCAGGUUCAGAAGAGCCUUCUUCAACGUCAUCAGCAAAGUUCUGCUCCUCGCCGCAGUGGUGGGCGGAGUCUGGGGUCUGGUCUUUUACGUGAAGUUUCGCUGGAGACGGGAGGAGGAGGACACACGGCGAAUGUACGACAUGGUGGAACGCAUCAUCGAUGUUCUGAGGAGCCACAGUGAGGCCUGUCAGGAGAACCAGGAGCUGCAGCCGUAUCUGCCCAUCCCCCACGUCAGAGACUCUCUGGUCCAACCCCAGGACAGGAAUAAGAUGAAGAAGGUUUGGGAUCGCGCCGUGAAGUUCCUCUCCGCCAACGAGUCCCGGAUCCGGACGGAGACCCAGCGCAUCGGGGGGUCGGACUUCCUGGUCUGGAGGUGGCUCCAGCCGUCACUGGGAGACAAGAACAUACCACCCUCCAAAGUGUGGCAGGGGAAAGCUUUUCCUCUGGAUCGACGGAAUUCUCCUCCGAACAGCCUGACGCCGUGUCUGAAGAUCAGGAACAUGUUCGACCCGGUCAUGGAGGUGGGAGAGAACUGGGACCUGGCCAUCCACGAGGCCAUCCUGGAAAAGUGCAGCGACAACAACGGCAUCGUGCACAUCGCCGUCGACAAGAACUCCAGAGAGGGCUGUGUGUACGUGAAGUGUCUGUCUGCAGAGCACUCGGGGAAGGCCUUCAAAGCUCUGCACGGAUCCUGGUUCGACGGUAAACUGGUGACGGUGAAGUACCUGCGGCUGGACCGGUACCACCAGCGCUUCCCCCAGGCCCAGAGCUGCACCGCGCCCCUGCACAGCGCCAGACUCCACAGCGCCUCCACCUGCCCCUCCUGAGAACUGCACCUGUCACCCGCCACCUGUCACCACCCGCCGCCACCUCCGCUCACCGUACGACCGAGACCAAAGGGGGAACUGAACCAGGACCGAACCCCUCCCGCGCCCACACCUUCACUUUCCGACGACGGACUUUUUUAUUUUUUAUUUUUUCCCUCUCAAAGUGGAACAAUUGAACAAACUCCACUCACUACUUCCUCUUUUACCUUUUUCGCUCUGGAAAAUUGCUGCAUGGUUUACGGUUUUUAAGACAAAACGCAAAGACGUGUAAAUAACCAACGGACGUUUCGGCACACGUUUUUUUUAUACUGAACCCAAAAAUAAGCUCGCGACACGGCUGCUCGCUCCAAACACUCCGCAACGAUUCACCCGCCCGUUUUAACUCCGAACAUCUGCAGAUUUUACAAACUAAAACCCACAAUCCAGUUCUCUCCACAUCAGUUCCUUUUUACUCUUGUGUCUUGUCAUGUCAUUCCCGUUUAAAGAUUCGAUAUUACGCGAUUCUCUGAGCUGGACUCGUGUUUCGGUUUUCGUUUUCGUUUCAUUUGAACGACAAAACACAAGAACGCGACUCAAAGUUCCAGGAUUCUGUUUCGUGUCACGUUGGGUCUUUAAAUCCCGUUUUUCGCAGUUGAUCCGAACACGUUUUCCAUGUUGUUGUUGUUGUUGUUUGCGUUCCUCCGGUCGCUCCGCCUCACGUCACGAGCCAGAACUAAUGAAAGAUUGAUUCAAAACUGAGACAAAUGCAGAGUUUAAGAAGAUCUGAACCCGACUACAGUGAGAUUAAAAACAGAUUUUAACAGUAAACAUACACCUGGACCGGGACUGGACCGGGACUGGACCAGGACCAUGAUUAUGUUGAUUACAUUUGAAUAAAAUGCAUAACUUUAAAUUAAUUAACAAAUAAAUAAAUAGUUUUAGCAGUUUUUUGAAAAUUGGAAACCGACGGGGACUCGACCGGGGACUCGACCGGGGACUCGACCGGGGACUCGACCGGGGACUCGACUCAACCCUUAAACAGACUGCACAGCGCCACCUCCAGCUCCUCCUGAGAACUGCACAUUGUCCUCUGUUCUUAACCAGGACUAAACCCCAGGACUAAACCCCAGGACUAAACCCCAGGACUAAACCCCAGGACUAAACCCCAGGACUAAACCCCAGGACUAAACCCCAGGACUGCUGCAGGUCUUAUCCAGGACUACUGAACCAGGACUAAACUAGAACUUGACCAGGUCUUAAUGAGGUCUUCACCAGGACUUAACAGUGACGAAACCAGGACUAAAGUUGAUUUAAUGUUCUGAUUUUCUUCUUGAUAAAAAAAUCAAAUCAGUUUUUGCAGAGUCACUGGGUUUAGAUCAGAGUGUGCGCUCUGUUAAAGCUUUACAGUGUAACUUUUGUGGAGGCAGAUACGUCGCUCGCUCGUCUCCAUGGUUUCCUCUGAAUGUUCCUCAGUAGGGCAUUAAGACUUUAUCCAGCGGCAGGUGUUUUGUUUUGCGUAACACUUCUGUGUGACCGGGCCUGCGCCUCGUCUCCGUGGAGACAGAGGAGUUUAAUGCCGCACUGUGGGACAUCUGAGACAAAAGCGGUAACCGGAACCAGAAAAGUUCCACAGUGGAGCUUUAAAUGGGCUGUGAACGUGGCGUCAGGCGGAGCUCGCUCUUUAAACUGUCAUGAAGCAGCAACGAAAUCCAAAGUGCCUUAUUCCCCCCGAGCAGGACCAGGACCAGGACUCGACCAGAACUGGACCAGAACCGGACCAGGGAUUGAACCAGGUUUUAACAGGACUUGGGACUUUGACUCGGAACUUGCACCAGGACUGGAUCAGGUCUGAAAAGGACUAAAUUUAGGUAUAAAUCGUAAUCUUGGACUAAACCAGGUUUAUCCCAGGACUAAAUCUGGACUACGCUGGGUCUCAAUCUGGACUACGCUGGGUCUCAAUCUGGACUACGCUGGGUCUCAAUCUGGACUACUCUGGGUCUCAAUCUGGACUACUCUGGGUCUUGCCCAUGACUAAAUCUGGACUCAACCGGGUCUUGCCCAGGACUAAAUCUGGACUCAACCGGGUCUUGCCUAGGACUAAACCAGGUUUUACCCAGGACUAAACCUGGACUAAACCAGGUCUAUCCCAGGACUAAACGUGGACUAAACCAGAUCUUUCCCAGGACUAAAUGUGGACUAAACCAGGUCUUUCCCAGGACUAAAUGUGGACUAAACCAGGUCUAUCCCAGGACUAAAUGUGGACUAAACCAGGUCUUUCCCUCGUUUUAUCUUUAGUGUUUAUUUGAGAACCGUGUAUAUUGUCGUAUUUAUUCUCAGCCGCCGCGGACGACGCUGCAGACGUGGUGGACGCUCUCGGACGCCGCGGACUCGUUCUCGGACGCCGCGGACUCGUUCUCGGACGCCGCGGACUCGUUCUCGGACGCCGCGGACUCGUUCUCGGACGCCGCGGACUCGUUCUCGUCGGCCCACAGAUCUGUGUUUUUGCUUUGUUCAUGAGAUAUUUUUGUAAUUGUGGAAGUGCGUUUGUGUUUGAGGACUAAACCACCGGAGGAGGAGGACGAGGAGGAGGAGGAGGAGGAGGAGACUCUUUUUCACGUGUAUUUUUCUGUAAAGAUUGUACAUUGGUAUAUAUGUAUUAAGUGCUUAUUAUUAUUACGAUGAUGCAGCAGUGGGUUUUAGCCGCGGUCCAGAAGUGCCACUCGAGCACCGACCGGACUAAAACUGGUCCAGUGGAAUGGGUCAAAUGUACAAACUUCAAAUUAAAGGUUUAUUAGGGUUUUUAAA